GGUAAAAAAGACACCGCGCUUGCCGGAACACGUGGGCAUGUGGCGAGACUCACUGGUGCAGCCCAAAAGGCAUUCCAUGGGAUAGAUAACGACCCACCUUCCAUAUGUAGAAUAAGCGGCAGCAGUUUGAGGAUCUGCGGUCCGACAUGUCGGCGGUGCUGGAGCUGCUCCGCAACAGAGAGGUGGUGGGAAAGGAAUUCCGUAGCCCGUUCGACAGCGCGCCAGGCGGCACGCGCAAGCACACUCUGCACGAUCACAUCGACCAGGCGGCAGUGGAUGCGCUGCAAGGCAAGACUGAGGAGUGCCUCAACCAUCUAGCGGAGAUCGCCGCGGCUGAUGUUGCGCUUGCGCGGGCUGUGCUUGACGAGGUCCAGGCAAUCGAGGUGCCGGUGCCUGACGACAUCAGCGUGACAUGGGGCGGGCUGCGCGAGGCUGCAGCGCUGCUGGCCGAGACACUUGGAUCAGUCGCAGACAUCAGGCAGGACACCGAGAUGAUCAGCCACCACUGCGCGCAGCUGCAGGACUCCGUGAAAGACCUGGAGAGCGAAGGAGGCGUGCUCAGCCUAGACGACUACAAAGUGCUGCUGAGGGACACCGACGAGAUCCCUCUGAUCAUCGCCGAGCUGCAGGAUGCGCUGGUGGGCAUCCGGCGCCGUGCUGACGAGACAAAUGUGCGCAGCCUCCAGUGCGCAGCGUUCUUUGCCGACUAUGUCGAGCAAUCGCAGGCCAUCGGCGGAAUCUCGCAGGCCAUCGGCGGGUUCCUCUCGCGCUCCGAGUCCUCGCAGGGCGAGUUCCAGCGGCUGCUGACCGAGGUCGAGGUGUUCCAGGACGAGAUGUGGAAUCUGAUCACAUGGUACCGCAACUUCCACGGCGCAUACGACGCGCUGGUCGGCGAGGUCCACCGGCGGCGGCAGGCGCAGGCACAGCAGCACGCGGUCGUCGAGGAUGUGCGGGCGCGCCUUGACGUGAUGCAUCUGGAGGAGGUCGACAGGCGGAGCGAGUUUGUCGACAAGUUUGGCCCGUUCCUGCCCAGCGACCUGUGCCCGUUUAUACAGGACCCGCCGCCCAGGUUUAUCGUGGACGAGAUCGGCGAUGUCGAGCGGCUGGCGUCGGUGCAGUCAUAUGACACGCAGUAGAGCGAGAUCGGGGGUCUGAGCCCUGGCCAAGAACAAAAUCUGUUGUCAGCUGACUUGCGUCGGCGCUCCACUUCUCAUCAGAGUGGGGAGCGAGAGGCGGAUUUUUGCACAUUUUUCCACUAGACCCGUUUCUUGCUGAGCAUUACCAGUAAUUGGAGCAUUCCUUCUUCUUCUCUCAUAAUACUGUAAUUUAGGCUUGUGCCCCUCCCCUAUCUCCCUCCACUACACACAACACACGCACACAAGGGGCAUACUACAAUGACGGCAAAAGGCGUCCUUCGGACGAUGAAGAACUACACCAAGGGGUACUCGG